AUGAUCACCAUUAAAAGUCCUACAACGCAACACCCCCAGCCAUUGGGGGCAAGUCUCUUGCCGAAUCAAGACGAUGAAACUCAAAUACGUCUAGACGACAGUCGAUAUCGUAGCUUCCCACCACCAAGGCGAGCUGUGCAGCGAAGCACUAUGCCAAUACCGAUGCAAGAAUUUGAAUUUCCCAGGAGGUCGAAUGAAGCUCCAAGACAUUUUCCGACUAUCGAUGAAGUUGAGUAUACAGAAGUACAGCCAUACAGAUCAAGCGAAGAGGGGUUUGUCGGUCUUACCAAUAGGGAAAAUGUUGUACAAAGCAAGAGAGAGAGUAGAAGUCGACCGUGGAUGCAAACUUUGCAGACACAGGAUAGAAUAGAAAGAUAUAAAAGAAGGCGGCCAGCGACGAAGUGGAUGAAAUGGAUGAAUAGUGACUGGAAGAACCAUAUUGUCGCUGUGAUUGGAGAGUUGAUUGGGACGACACUUUUUCUUUUCUUUGGUUAUGCGGGUAUUGAAGUUGCGAAACUUCAAGACCGUAAGCCACCAGAUCUCGAAGUCUUGUUCUACAUAUCUGCAACUUUCGGAGCCAGUCUUAUGGUUAAUGCCUGGAUAUUCUUUCGCAUUAGUGGAGGUUUAUUCAAUCCAGCUGUAACACUAGCACUUGCCCUACUUCGAGCAGUAUCACCAGUUCGUGCUGUUCUCCUCGUCAUUACCCAACUUGGAGCUUCAUGCUUAGCUGCUAUCCUCGUGAAAGAAAUAUUCCCAAAUCGACUUGACGUUGCUACCUCACUUGGAAGCGGUACUUCUAUCGCUCAAGGGUUCGUUAUCGAGGGUAUUACCACGGCAGCUCUAAUCUUCACAAUCAUAAUGCUAGCUGUGGAGAAACACAAAGCUACAUUUGUAGCACCCAUUGGUAUUGGAUUGGCUCUUUUUGUUGCUCACAUGGUCGCUGUCCCGUUCACUGGAGCAUCCUUGAAUCCAGCUCGUAGUUUUGGCCCAUCGGCGAUUGUCUGGAACUUUCCACGAGAACAUUGGAUAUAUUGGGUAGGACCAAUUCUUGGCGCAGGGUUGGCGGUUCUGUUCUUCAGAUUGAUCAAGUUAAUGGAAUACGAAAUGGCAAAUCCGGGACAGGAUGGAGAUCCUGAGAAUGACCCAACGCAAAAUCCUGAACAUGAUGUUGCACAAAACGCCCAUGAAAGAGAGGAAGAAGUGUUUGGAUUUAAGAAUGGAAAAUCGUGGUAUAGAGAUGAAUCCAGUAUUGGAUCAAUUAGAAGGAAUGGGUCAAUCAGCAGUUUGACAGGAAGUAAAAGAUCAAUUGGUUGGAGAGGUGAGAUGUCUAGAAGGUUAGAUGAUGUGGAGGCUCAAUGGCAAAGACAACGAUACCCGAAUGUCAUUUGA